AGUUCACUAUUAUUUGUGCGGUGAAUGGAUGUACAGUUAUUUGUUAACCGGUAUACUGCAGCUUUUAAUAUUUUAACGUGACAGAUAAUUCAACGACUGAAAAAUGGAGGUAUCUGGCAAGAAACUUCGUAAUUAUUGCAAACCCUGUGAGCAACUUAAGACGUCAACAUUCUCAGAUGGUUUCUGUUCACAAUGUGCAGAAGAAAUGUGCCAAAGAUGUUUUGAUACUCACAAACAAUUCAAGCUUAACCGGGGACAUAUACUUGUCCAAUCAGUCGAGGCUAAAUCAAAAUGCAAAGAAACACCAACUUUCGAUAAUUGUACUAAACAUCUCAACGAAGAUAUUAAGUUUUUCUGUCCCGAACAUGACCAAGUAGGUUGCGGCGAUUGUAUGGUAAUUUCCCAUAAAACCUGUAAAGUGGAGUAUAUACUAGAACAAAUCGAUGGAUAUAAAGACAAUGAAGAGUUCAUAAAGUUGACGAAGGACAUAGAGAAGUAUGACAGUGAAGCAAAAACUAUGUUAGGAAGCAUCAGAAGCAACAAGGACCAUGUAAAAGAUAUCAACAAAAAAUUUGCUCUUGAUGUCAACAUAUUCAGGGAUGAAAUGAUUGCACAUAUCACGAAACUUUCUGAUGCAAUGCUAAAAUAUGGAGAUGAUAUUAUGGCAGCUGACAUGAAAAAGAUCGAAAACCUGGAAGAAGAAAACAAACGCCUUGUUGAUGAAACAAAUGGUAUGAGAGACACAUUACAAUCAGAAGUUGAUCAGCCUUACAAAUUGUUCAUCAGUUCCUUGUCAUACAAACAAAAUCUCCAUCUCGUCCGAGACCAGCUAGAAAGAAUCAAAGCGAACAAUAAGAUCGAAACGUACGACUUCAUGCCUGACUGUAAUCUCGAACAGUUGAUGAAAACUUGUAAACAACUAGGAGUGAUGCAUAAGCCUAACGAAUCUGGUGCAGCACUUAGAGAAAAAACAGUAAAAGCAAACAGAGCAACACCGAUGACAAAGGAUCAAUGUUCACAAACAAUUCAAGUGACAAAGGAUCAAUGUUCACAAACAAAUCAAUCAUUGCUGGACAGACAACUUGUUUGCAAAAACCUCAUCAUUGACGGAGACUUAAUCAGUUGUGCUGUAAAAGCAAAAGACGACUGUGGUUUAUUUAUUGACAAAUACACAGUUAGUUGUGAUGAUUUAGCUACCUUUGAAAUCGAGAUUGUGAGCAUUGGUAGAGGCGGAUAUAUAGCUAUCGGUGUGGUACCGGAUGACUAUCCAAAUAAUCUUCUACCUGGAUUUGGAAAAGAUUCCCGUGGAUACAAUUCAGAUGGCAAGGUGUUCAUGGGAAGUAAAUCCGGUGAAAAAUAUGGAAACAAGUGGAAAGUCGGCGAUCGAAUCGAAGUUCAAAUGUAAGUAUUAAGUAGUGUUUGCGAUGUUCGUUUGUAAUUAUUUGUUUCAU